GAGCGACCGACCGUGUGCUCCCGUUUAUCAGACGCACAGCAGCAGGGGAGCAACAGAGCAGCAGGAUCCGACAGAGAGGAACACCAACAGGGAGGAGAAAGAUGAGGGAAAUCGUUCACAUCCAGGCGGGACAGUGCGGGAAUCAGAUCGGGACGAAGUUUUGGGAAGUGAUCAGCGAUGAGCACGGCAUCGACCCUGCAGGCAGCUACGUGGGCGACUCAUCUCUCCAGCUGGACAGGGUCAACGUCUACUACAAUGAGGCAUCCUCACAUAAAUAUGUCCCCAGGGCUGUGCUGGUUGACCUGGAACCAGGAACCAUGGACAGCGUCCGCUCAGGGGCCUUCGGACAACUCUUCAGGCCAGACAAUUUUAUCUUUGGUCAGACAGGUGCAGGGAACAACUGGGCCAAAGGUCACUACACGGAGGGGGCGGAACUUGUAGACUCAGUCCUGGACAUCGUGAGGAAGGAGUGUGAGCACUGCGACUGUCUCCAGGGUUUCCAGCUGACUCACUCUCUGGGAGGGGGCACCGGCUCCGGCAUGGGGACCCUGCUGAUCAGCAAGAUCCGGGAGGAGUACCCCGAUCGGAUCAUGAACACCUUCAGCGUCAUGCCUUCGCCAAAGGUGUCGGACACGGUGGUGGAGCCCUACAACGCCACCCUGUCGGUCCACCAGCUGGUCGAAAACACAGACGAGACCUACUGCAUCGACAAUGAGGCCCUAUACGACAUCUGCUUCCGCACUCUUAAACUCACGACGCCGACCUACGGCGACCUCAACCACCUGGUGUCGGCUACCAUGAGCGGCGUGACAACCUCGCUCCGUUUCCCUGGCCAGCUCAAUGCAGAUCUCCGCAAGCUGGCCGUCAACAUGGUGCCAUUCCCCAGACUCCACUUCUUCAUGCCAGGGUUCGCUCCUCUGACCGCACGGGGAAGCCAGCAGUACCGAGCGCUCACCGUUCCCGAGCUCACCCAGCAGAUGUUCGACGCCAGAAACAUGAUGGCAGCCUGUGACCCUCGUCACGGACGGUACCUGACCGUCGCCACUGUCUUCCGUGGGCCCAUGUCCAUGAAGGAGGUGGACGAGCAGAUGCUGAACGUCCAGAACAAAAACAGCAGCUACUUCGUGGAGUGGAUCCCCAACAAUGUCAAAGUGGCUGUCUGCGACAUCGCUCCCCGGGGACUCAAGAUGGCCGCCACCUUCAUCGGCAACAGCACAGCCAUCCAGGAGCUGUUCAAGCGGAUCUCGGAGCAGUUCUCGGCCAUGUUCCGCCGAAAAGCUUUCCUGCAUUGGUUCACAGGCGAGGGCAUGGAUGAGAUGGAGUUCACAGAGGCGGAGAGCAACAUGAACGACCUGGUGUCCGAGUACCAGCAGUACCAGGAGGCGACCGCCAACGACGGCGAAGAGAACUUUGAAGACGAGGACGAGGAGAUCGUUGAAUGCUGGAACGCGGAGCGGCAGCUGGACGAGCCAAUCACAGAGCAGGAAGAGCAGGAAGACAACUUAAGCCCAAUCAGUUGAAGGCGGAGGCGGGUCAUCGUCUGGAAAAACAAAAAGAUCCUGCAGCAUGAGCCUGUUUAUUUUUUCUUGUUUAGUUUGAGAUGAUGUGUGAAUUAAACGCAGCAGCAGUGUUUAAUCAGGAUUGCAGGUGUGUGUCUAAACAUCUGCAGUUUAAACUGAAUCCACUGAGGCGACUUCAGUCCUGCCAGCAGCACAGACGGUUAACUCUGAGAAACGCAGCAUCACUGACGCUUCUGAGCAAUAAACGUGAGCACGUUUAGCUUUAAAUCAAAUCAAAGAUGAACAUCAGUCUGCUCCUCCUGCUGAGAGGCUCUCACAGACAGUACAAACUCCACCUGCGUUCACAGUAUGGUGACAGUAAUUUCUUCUUCGGUGGUGCGUCCAAAUGAGCGCAU